AUGGUCAAAGUAAAAAAUAGAUAUGUACUCGUACGACUCGAAAGCACAGACAAGGCCAAGCUGAAUAUUCCGGGACAUGAGCUCUAUCGGGAGAUGCUAAGGCUCAUCUCAGAAUUUCACGGCGACUUUGGGCACGCGAAAUGCUCCAGAAUCACGGUAAAAAUAAUGGAAGACGAUAUCGCAGUUAUACGAGUUCCCGCUGAUGAUUCGACAAUCGCCUUUUCUGUGUUGCCAUUCAUCAGAGUUCUCAAGGGUGUCAGCCUCACGGCCAGCAUUUUGUUUGUUGGCAGAUCGAUCCGCACCCUCCAAAAAAGACUCGUGAAAAUUCGUCGAAACGAGCUCACGAUGAUGCUCUCAAAAUGCGAAUCUUUAUAUGAGCGAAAAAAGGUGCUGGAAGCCAUCAGAUCGGUGACCGGCAAAAUCGAAUUUGAGGGCAGGACCGAAUCG